AUGAUGCAGGCCCCUACGCCCUACGCGGGCGCGAAUGAUGGCUACGAUGCAUUGGCGUUUUGUAAUGCCUUUUGGGGCGACAAUGACGCGGGUUAUCAUGUCAUGCAAAGCUUUAUCAAAAACACGAGCCGUACAAUGGAGGAUUUGCGCUCGUUUUACCAGGAGCGAGCGGAAAUUGAACAGGAGUAUUCGAAGAAGCUGGCCAAGCUGGCCAAGUCGGCCAUUGGAAAGCAUGAGACAGGACCCAUGCGUCAUGCGCUGGAUACCGUGCGGAUUGAGACAGAGGCGCAGUCCAGGUCGCAUUCGCAGCUGGUCAACUCGAUCCGCAAGGAGUUGGAGGCCCCGCUGAGCGACUUUAUGGCACGCAUUGAAAAUCUUCGCCGCGAUUCGCAGACCACCGUGACGAAGCUGUACAAGCACAAGCAGACGCAGUCGCAGUACGUGCAGCGCUCGCGUGAGAGGUACGAGAAUGACUGUACGAAGAUCAACGCGUACACGGCGCAAAGCAACCUCGUGCAAGGCCGUGAGCUGGAUAAGCUGAUGGCCAAGUUGGAGCGUGUCCAAGCCAAUGUGGAAACGGACGACCAGGACUACCAGAGCUAUGUUCGUGCACUGCAAGACACGACGCAGAAGUGGAAUGCUGAGUACAAGAGCUUCCUGGAUAUCUGCCAGGACGUGGAAGAAGAGCGCCAGGAGUUCCUCAAAACCAACCUGUGGGGCCUGGCGAAUGCCGUAUCGAGUGUGUGUGUGACGGACGACGAGGCAUGUGAGCGGGUGCGUGUCUCGCUGGAAGGCUGUGAUGCGAUUCGUGAUGUGCAGUCGUUUGUGCGUGAGUUUGCCACGGGCACGACCAUUCCUCCUGCGCCCGAGUACAUCAACUUUGCACAGAACGCCGGCCCCAUGGCCACGCCAGGGACCGGCUCGGCGCACUUUGCGAGGUUGUCGACCCGCAGCAGCGAGGGAAUGCACCCGCCAAGUGCCUCGGUGCUCUCGCAGCAGACGCCUUCGCAGUUUAGCACGCCGAAUAUGCAGCCCCUCACGCCAGGCUUCCACCCGAUGACGCCCGGUAUGCCUACGCCGAUGAUGCCCGGCACGCCUACCGCCGCGUCGAUGGCCAUGCCCUCGCCACCCGGACCCAGUGUUCCGAGCUACCUGGCGACGAUGAACCGCACCCCGCCUCCGCAAGCCAUCUCGCCGUCGGCUCGCACGCCUCCGCCCUCGACGUCCAACCGCAACAGCAUGUUUGCGCCUGGCGCAGCGCCGCUCUCGCCCUCGACGGCGUCGAUGCAGCAGCACCAGCACCAGCAGCCACAGCAGCAGCAGCAGCCACACCCAGGCCCUGCGCGUGGCAUGUCGCCUGCGCCCAUGGCCGCUCCUUCGCAUCCUGUGCCGCAGCCCAUGCCACAGCCUGUGGCCCAGCAUGCGCCGUUGACAUCGAGCACAGGCACGUCGCGGCCUGUCUCGCAAGCCGUGUCGGAGCCGGAGAACGAGGAUGAUCCAAUUGCCAAGGCGCUGGCCAACUUGCGUCUGCGCCAGAGCCGCAAGAGUCCCGCGCCAGGUAGUCGUCCUACGAGUAUGAUGAGCACUACGCCCAGUAUGAUGACGGAUAAGGCCUUGCCGCCGCCCGCCGCUGCGCCGGCUCCGACGCAGCCUGCGACGUCGGCGGCCAUGCCAUCGCAGUCGCCGAACGAGGCGCCGGCCCAGGUCAUGGAUCCACGCUGGCAACGUACCAUCUCGCCUGAUGGGCGGGCGACGGGCGCUGCCGCGGCGCCGGAGACGCGUGUGCAGCGCCCAACGUCGCCAGCCGCUGCGUUUAUGCAUCCGCCGGAUCGCGGUACGUCGCCGAUCCCCGUCGAGCAGAUCCACCAUCACUACGGCCAGGCCUUCCCAACCGAGCGACGCACGAUGAACGCGUCGCCGGUGAAAGAUGGGCCUGCGGCGCAGGCUCAAGCCGCGCGGGCGACCUCGCCGAUCGGCAUCUCGCUUGAUGCACGUGGCGCUGUGACGCAGGACUCGAUGGCGAGUCGCUACGGCCAGCCAGGCCCGGCCGCGAGCAGUGCCGCGGCGGGGGUCACAGGCGCAGCGCCUGCCGCGUCGAGCACGUCGCAGCUCACGCGUCCGCCUACAGGGCAGUACAGCGAGAGUGGAGAGCCCAUAUUGUUCUAUGUCAAGGCGCUGUACGAUUACCAGGCCUCGUUGCCGGAAGAGUUUAGUUUCACGGCGGGCGAUAUCAUUGCCGUGACACACACAGAGCCUGACGGUUGGUGGCAGGGCGAGUUGCUCGAUGAAGCGCGCCGUGUGCCUGGUGCUAAUACGUUCCCGAGCAACUUUGUAGUCUUGCUUAUGUAG